AUGGCAAAGGGUCUUGUUGAUCUCUUUCCCCUCCCCGUUUUCCCUCCACUACCCCAACCGCCUGUAGAUAACCGUCUGCUAAGGAAGAAGGUGUUACAGGCAAGUCCCGAGAAUGUCCUGACCCCGGCUUGGGGUCAAGAGGUCACACUGAAAAUGCAGGGUGUGCUGGAGGAUAGGACUGUGGUGGAGAAAGACUGCAAGCUGGUCUUCAUUAUCGGAGAGGGAGAUGUCAACCAGGCCCUGGAAGAGUGCGCCAUUUCAAUGAUGCAAGGGGAGAUUGCUUUACUGCUUGCAGACUCACAAUACACCUACGGACACCUGGGAAGGGAGCCUGAUAUACCAGCCUGGGCUCCUCUCCUGUAUCAGCUGCAACUCCUAGACUUCAGAGAAAAGCCGGACCCCCUUUCACUGCCCAUCCCCGAACGGAUCCGCAUCGGCAACCAGAAACGAGAGCGAGGCAACUUCUACUUCCAAAGGGAAGAGUACAGCAUGGCAGCCCAAGCUUACUGCAUGGCUUUAGACAUGCUUACGACACGAACAUAUGACAGUCAAAGCUGUGCGGCAGAGGAGGAAGAAGAGGAGGUGAACGACUACCGGGUAAAGUGUCUGAAUAACCUGGCAGCAGCACAGCUGAAGCUUGGACAGUUUGACGAGGCGCUGCACAGCAGUCGAGAUGUGCUGUUCCUGGAUCCCCAGAAUGUCAAAGCGUUAUUCAGGAAAGGGAAGCUUUUAUCGGACAGGGGUGAGUAUGAGGAGGCCAUGGAGACCCUGAAAAAGGCUUUGAAACUGGAGCCGUCCACUAAGGCUAUUCAUGCUGAACUGUCCAAGUUGGUAAAAAGACAGGCGGGGGAAAGCGAGACCGAGAGUUGGCAAGCUAAACCAGCUGAAAUGUUCGUCGAAAACAUAGCGCCCUUUCUGACACCUCCUCCCAAAAAGAAGCCGUUUGGAAUUUCUUGGAAGUUUCUGCUUGGAGCUCUGGUGGUGGCCUUGGGCAGUUUAGUCACAUCUGUGGUUCUGACCGCACGGAACUAGCUCUCUCGACCUACUUGCAAAUUAACUACAAGUCUCACAAACAAACAUUCCACAGAGCUGCUAAGGGACAGAGGAAAAAUGCAUUGAACUGUUUAAAGAGCUGCUUUAUGGGCGGUUCUACCGGUGGCACACCAACUUAUGCAAAACAGAAAAAAAGGGCAAGGCAAAUGCAUUUAAACUACUUGCAAUAAAAACACUAGUAUUAAUAUGUUUGGCGU